GUCGGAUGUGCUUUCUUCUCGUGUUUCAAGUUCAAGUGUCGGACUCGGGAUUUCCCAACAAGUGUAUCUGCUGCUGUCCUCUUCUAUGAAGGGUUUAGUGCCCACCGCGUCAUGCUGGAUACCAUGGAAUCGCGCAUUACAUUUGAAGUGCCAAGCAAUUUGGAUUUCGACAAGUUGAUUCGCGAUAACAAUUAUACGCUAUUUUGGCAAAAUUUGCACAGUGAGCCGUACCGCAGUAAGGAAAGUGGUAGGGUACUAGUGGAGAACCCGGUUCAGGGGGAUCGAAACUCGAGUGAUUUCAGUCUGAUGAGCAGUUUGAAACAUUUCGCCGGAGCACGUGGUGGAGUUGAUGGAUGGGGAUUGGCCCUUGGCAGUGGGGGUGGUGGUGGUGGUGGUUAUGGGGAGAGUCAAAUUGAGGGGCCACUUGUGGAUCCGAGCAUGCUGUGGAUAGGCGCCGUUAUGGUGCUUCUGAUUCUGUCCGGGCUGUUUUGCGUGUGCUCGUGUUAUUUGUACUACAAAUACCGGAGGUGGCAAAAGUGUGUUUCCAUGGCCACCUGCCAGACCAUGGCAAGCAUGGAUAUCGAGGCGCCUCCAGCGUACGACAUCGAGACACUACCCUCCUACACGAUCGCAUCCGGUCUGCCAAGUUACGAAGACGCAGUCCGCCAUCUCACCCGACAGCAUCAGCAGACUCGCGAUGGAUAUGAGCCAGCAGCAGCAGCGAGGAAAUCUUCGCCAGCUUACAGCAACAACAGCAUCCAUCCACCGUCCGUGGCUAAAUUCUUUGAAUCACGUCCGCAAAAUUGGCUCAAUGUCACCAUUUUCGAGGAAAUUCAUUACAACUUUGUCGGACGAGGGACGGCCGUUGAUGCUUCUGCUGCCACUACUGUACCUGCUACUAGCUCUGCAGGACUGUUGUCAGAUCCGACGACGAAAAGAGAAGCUAUUUCCGGCUGGUCAGAUGAUAUCAAAUCCGACAGUGAUAGCGGUUUAUUCAAGGUUCAAAUUUGCAUGGUGGAGAAUGAGAAAAUCCAAUCUUCCCAUCGAUGAGAAGAUUGAACGGAACCGCUAGCUGUGUAGAAGAUUGACUGUGUUAUUUAUGGUUUAGAUUCGUGCUUAAGUUCAGAGACGGAAGACUGGGUGUUUGUAAAUUGUGUGUAAAUAGUUUAUAUUUUAAAGCGAAAAAGACGUUCAAAAUUCAGAUGUAAUUUAUCUACCUGGAAGGUUUUAUUUGCAGUUGGUGUGCCCAGAAGACAUAAAUUCAAUUCAAACGAAUCCGUAGAAUGCAGUGUGCGUGUGUAUUUGAUACCAUGUAUUUUGAACAAGACUGAGAAUAAAUUAUAUUUUG